UGUUGGAGCAGAGAAACAAGUAAAACAUGCAGGACUGACCAGGCCUGCUUUAUACAGUUUGAAUAAAAUCUGCUGUWUUUCCAGCGUCAGUGUGUAACCUAACAGCAGAUAGGACCCUGUCAGAGUGUUUACACAAAGAGUUGACUGUUCCAGGAUCCUCAAGUUCAUUUUCCAAGGGUCACUUUGAUUUCAGCACUCUGCAGCAAACCCAACAAACCCUAUAAUGCUCACAUUUCUCCUGCCGAACCUGCUGCUGGCGUCCUGUGCGUGGCCUGGACUUGUGCUGGGGGAUCUGGUGUUCAGAUGUCCCAGCUGCACGGCGGAGGACCUCCACGCCUGUCCCAAGGUGAGCCCGGGUUGCACGGAGGUGGUGAGGGAGCCGGGCUGCGGCUGCUGCCCGCUGUGCGCCAGGCUGGAGGGGGAGCCCUGCGGGGUCUACACCCCCAGGUGCUCCACGGGCCUCAGGUGUUACCCCGACGUGGACGCAGACUUCCCCCUGCAGGAGCUCAUCCAGGGCUCGGGCCGGUGCAGGCAGAGGCUGGACCUGGACGUCACCACAGGUGUGGACUGGCAGCCAACGUACGAGGGUUUUGAGACCGGAGCUGCUCCCACCAGGAGGCCGAUCCUCGAUGCUCGGUUUUGGCAGGAGCUGGCCCGGAAACAACACCAGACCGAGCUCAAAACCAAAAUGAAGGAGGAUCGAGUCCAGAAAGAAUCACAGAGCGCCUGCCACCAGGAGCUGGACAAGGUCUUAGAGGAGAUCUCCAAAAUGACCUCUGAGGACAACAGAGGCCCGCUGGAGAACCUGUAUGGGCUCAAAUUUCCAAACUGUGACCGAGACGGGCUGUACAACCUGAAACAGUGCAACAUGUCGACCCACGGCCAGCGUGGCGAGUGUUGGUGCGUGAACCCCCUGACUGGGCUCCAGCUCCCGGAGACACCGAGGAUCCGAGGGGAUCCCAACUGCAACCAGUUCCAGGAGGAGCUCCGAGCCACGCCCACCACCACGUCCCAGGAGCUAACCCCGCCUUAGUGUUCGUUCUGCCCCCGUUUGUGUUUCUUUCUACUGAACAACUGCAGGAACAAACGAAGAGCAGCUCGAAGCUCUCUGCCUCGUGUGACACUUCAGCUGAAAAUCAACUCCAUGCUGAAGUUAGGAUGUUGUGUGAAAUGUAAAUAAAAAGAGAACGCAACGAUUUGCAAAUCUCAUAAAUCUUUUUCACACGUUCCUGCAGUAAAUAUUUUCAACUUUCUCAUUGUUGGAGUUGUACAUUAAAAAAAACCCAGCGUGUUUUCAGGUACAGUUUUAGCUUAUGUUAAACAAACUAAUUUGUUGCUGAUUCCUUAUAUAAAUUAAAGCUGUAACAUUUAAAAUAUGUAUAAUUUACACAUAAAAUGUAUCUACAGUAAAUGACUGA